AUGAUGAAUCUGUUUAAUGAGUUAUGGAGUAGUGGAAAGGGCAGACAUGCACUUCUCUUGCAGGGACACACACCAAAGGGAGGUGAGGUAUUAAUCGCCGUUAAAAACUCGUUAUCAGCUAGUAUUAUUGACAUUCAAGACUCCGAUGACCUUGAAAUCAUCGCAGUUAAAAUUGAGCUGAAAUCCAAAAUGCUUUUCGUAGUCAAUUGCUAUAUACCGCCCAACUCAAGUAAUGAGUUAUAUGCGAAAUUUUCUUCGGCAAUUGAUUAUUUAUGCAAUUCUUUUAACCCUGAGUAUGAGGUUUUUGUUUUCGGAGAUUUUAAUCUCCCCAAAAUUAGGUGGAAGAAUCAUGAUGAGGAACCAUUUUUGAUAUCAAUUGACUGUUCUAGUGAGUUGAAGUUGUCCUUUAUAGAUACCUUUCAUCUAAAUAAUUUGCAACAAAUAUCAUCAAUAACAAACCAUCAAUCGAUUCAACUGGAUCUAGUCUUUACUUCCAAUUGGUACAAUUGUUUACCUAAAACUGUCCCGGAUCCAUUGGUUAACGUUGAUAUCUAUCAUCCUCCGAUAUCUUUCUCUUAUUGCAUUCACGACCAACCAUCAAUUGACGAGCCCCUUUUCUAUCGUUUUGAUUUUAAAAGGGCGAAUUUCGCAUUGCUAAAUGAUUUCUUUUCUACUUACGACUUCUCUUCAGUAUUUAACUUAACUGAUAUUGAGUCUAUGACGGUGUUGAAAACUAAAGAUACUGGCUCUGGCCCUCCAUGGGUUUCACAAAAGUUGAGGGUACUUCGCAACAAAAAGAAUAAGCUGUGGCGCAAAUAUCUCUCCACUAAAGGCGACAGGGACUAUGAUAAUUUCCGAUUGUCGUAUGAUCAAUUUAAAUUAGCAGCAAAAGAACGUUACGACUACUAUAUCUAUAAAACUUCGGAUAACUUAAUACGUAAUCCCAAAGUCUUUUGGAAUUUCAUAAACCAUAAGAGGAAAAGUGAUAGUUAUCCAACCUUCUUGAAAUUUGACGAGAAUACAAGUAAUAAUUCCCAAAUUAUUUCUGAAUUUUUUCGUAACUUUUUCGCCGAAUCUUACUCUUUUUCAUCUUUUCAAUUAAAUGUCGACAACUUUCGGCACAUUGAUAACUAUCCUAAAACUACCUUCACAAAUUUUGCCACGAACUCUUUUGCGAUUGAAAAAUAUCUUUCUAAUUUAGGUUCUAGUCCUUCCCCUGGACCAGAUGGAGUUCCUGAGAUUAUUUUAAGCAGAUGCUUAAAUUAUGAUGAAUCUGCCCUUUAA